UGUAACAAAAUAAAUUUUGAACCUUAAAAGUAUUGAAACACAACUCCGAUUGGAAAUCCAAUCAUUUAAAAAAGUCAUUAAAUAUGGAUGGCAAUGGAUUAUAAUGCCGGUAUAAAUCGAGAAACAAAUACAUCUUCAGCAGCAUAUAGCCGGGUUCGUCUUCCCCAAAAUCGCAAUUCCGUGGCUCCCUUAUCGUCCACCGUCGUCUCCAUUGCGCUUCCUCGUAAGAAAUUUACAGAGAACGGUGAAGGGCUGCAAGUUCUCCACUAUGAGGUUGGACAAAAGUAUGAGCCUCAUUUUGAUUAUUUCCUCGAUGAGUUCAACACAAAGAAUGGGGGACAACGCAUAGCUACUCUACUCAUGUAUUUGUCAGAUGUUGAAGAAGGGGGUGAGACGGUUUUCCCUUCAGCAAAAGGCAAUUUCAGCUCUCUUCCUGGGUGGAACGAGAUGUCAGAAUGUGCUAAAAGGGGUCUCUCUGUGAAACCAAAGAUGGGGGAUGCCUUACUCUUUUGGAGCAUGAGGCCCGAUGCGACUUUGGAUCCCUUAAGUUUGCAGGGUGGUUGUCCAGUGAUAAGAGGAAAUAAAUGGUCAUCUACUAAGUGGAUGCAUGUUGGUGAAUACAGUGUGUAAAUGCUUCUUUCUCUGUUCUUUGUGAUGAAAUUCUAGAUUUGGAAUUGAAUUAGACCUAUUUGUAUAGUAUUUUACUUUUUCUAACUUCAUAAUAAUAAAAAAAUACCGUAUAA